GUCAUUUUCUUUUAUCCUAUCGGGCCUCCGUACUUGCAUGUGGACUGUACGGUCAGAAAGCGGUGUUGUGGAUUGACUGAUUCUGAAUCAAGAUGGCAGAACAAACAACAUUGGACAGCCUGCUGGAAAUGGGCUUUGACAGAAACAGGGCGGAAAAGGCUGUGGCACACACAGGAAACCAGGGCAUAGAGCGGGCCAUGGACUGGUUGAUGGAACAUGAGGGUGACCCAGACAUUGAUGAGCCCUAUGUACCUCCUGUGGGGAACGUGCUUGGAGGAAGUGACCCACAACUGCCCAGUCCAGCAGCCCAGCCCACAGCAGAGGGAGCAGACCCUGCUACAGAUGGGGGUGACCAGAUGAUCCAUGACGGGGAUACCAAACAACCAAUGACAGAGGAGGAGAAACGUGAGCAGAUAAAGAGGCUAGAGGAUCUGAUGCGGGUGAAGCAGGAGGAGCGGAGAGAGAGGGAGCGAGCGGAAGAGGUGGACAGAGAGAAGCAGAGGAGGAGGCAGGGCCAGGAGCUGCUGCAGGUCAAACAGAAACUGCAGGAGGAUGAGAUGAAGAAAAUGGUCGACCUGCGCCAGAGAGAGAAGAACGACGACAAAAUGGCCAAGCAGCGGGUGCGAGACAAGAUAGCACGUGACAGAGAGGAGAGAGCACUUAAGUUUGGAGGUGGUUCUUCUAGUAGAGCUGUAACCUCCCCUUCAGCAGAGGGCCCUCCCUCCUCUCCGCCCAGUCAGGGCCCGCCUCCCUCCUCUCCGCCCAGUCAGGGCCCGCCUCCCGCCAAGAAGGACUAUAACGAGUGUAGAAUCCAGGUGCGUAUGCUUGACGGCUCGGCACUGACCUCCGUGUUCAAGGCCCAGGAGCCGCUGGCUGCCGUGCGUGUCUACAUCCAGAUGAAUGGCGACGCCCCCGAGGGCCAGGACUUCACGCUGCUGUCCCCGUACCCACGCCGCGUUUACACAGAACUGGACAUGGAGAAACCUCUACAGGAGUUGGGUUUGGUGCCUUCAGCUGUGCUGGUCGUUGCAAAGAAAUAAGGACCUGAAGUAAUAAGAUGCUUUAUGAGCCAACAUCAUUUAUCACCCCCAACAGGACAGAGACCAGGAUGUCAACUAUGGAUUGAUUCUCCUUCAACAAACACUUUGAACUUUAAUCUGAAUCUUUAAUGGCAACACAAAAUGGAUGACUGUAUUGAUUAUCAUGGGGCCUAAAGUUAGACCUGGCGCGUUGACACUGUCCACUGCAUUGUAAAUUGUAGUUUUUCAAAGUUAAAUCAUUUUACAGUGGUGUUAUUGCAUACUCACUCAAACUUGAAUAAACUUACUUGGAGAGUAA